AUGUUCUGAUUACCCAUAAGUUCACAGCCGUCCAGUCACAUACAAAUCAACACCAAAACAAUCUUUAAACAUUUGAACUAACCAGACUAUUUUUUAUUUUGUUAUUGAAUAAAGACUAUUUAGUAUUACUAAUAAUCCCUCUACUAAUCAUUCAAUUUUUUACAAGUAUUCCCAUUUUUUCUUUCUCCUCCCUCCAACGUGGGAACUUGUCAUUGGUCUAUCAUUUCUAUCUCUCUGUUGCUCUAGACUCAUCUUCUUUGCGCUUUCUGGGUUGCUCUAAAUUUGCAAAAAAAAUGGCGGGUUUGACGCUGAAAUCAUUAGUUUCAGCAAGAAUCACAAGACCUGAGUUGGUUUUGAGUUGGUGGGACGAGAUCAACGAGUCAACUCAGUGGCAAGAUGGCAUCUUUUUUGCCCUUUGUGCUGCUUAUGCUCUCGUUUCUGCUGUUGCCCUUAUUCAAAUUUUAAGGAUUCACUUGAGAGUGCCUCACUUUGGUUGGACAACACAAAAGGUUUUUCAUUUUAUGAACUUUAUUGUUAAUGGAGCGCGUGCUGCUAUUUUUGGAUUCCACAUGUAUGUAUUUGCUUUGAAGCCCAAGGUCUUAACAUUGGUAUUGUUGGAAUUCCCUGGGCUUCUAUUCUUUACUACAUACACGCUGUUGGUUCUUUUCUGGGCUGAGAUAUAUUAUCAGGCUAAAAGUCUUCCAACAGAUAGGCUUCGGGCUUGGUAUAUUUCAAUUAAUUGCGUUAUUUAUGUUAUACAGGUUCUUAUCUGGUUAUACCUAUGGAUGCAUGAUAACAGUUUUGUUGAAUCCGUAGGACAAAUAUUUAUCGCAGUGGUGUCCUUUAUUGUAGCACUUGGUUUCUUGCUGUACGGAGGAGGGUUAUUUUCCAUGUUGCGGCGCUUCCCAAUUGAAUCAAAGGGACGAAGAAAGAAACUUCAUGAGGUAGGAUCAUUGACAGCAAUUUGUUUCACCUGCUUUCUCAUUCGCUGCGUUAUGGUUGUAUUAUCUGCCUUGGAUGAUAAUGCUUCCCUCGAAGUCUUGGAUCAUCCCGUGUUGAAUCUCAUAUACUACAUGUUUGUUGAGAUCCUGCCUUCUGCACUUGUCCUAUUUAUAUUGCGAAAGCUCCCUCCGAAAAGAGUAUCAAGUCAUUAUCACCCAGGUCAAUACCAUCCAAUCCGUUGAUUUUGAUUUAUUACGACCACCAGCUUGAGCAGAAUGAUUGAUAAGAGCCACACCAAAAUACCCGAUGUCUCAAUGUAUGCUAUGCUACAACUUGUUGAGUUUUUCAUCUUACUUAUCCCUCCUCUCCUGUGUGAAUGCAUCUUUUUGAAAUGCUGUAAAAAAUGUAAUAUUGAUUAGAACUAGCUAAAGUUUCUUUGAUAGAAGCUUGUUGAUUAUUAAAUUUGAAUAUUAGAAUUGGGAGAUCCAAAUUGUAUAAAUGAUCCAUUCAGAUUACAGAAGCUCUGAAUUUUCCCCUA